AUGUUAGAUAAUCGUGCAUCAUAUUUCAAUAUUUAGGGGAAUAAAGCUAGCAUUAAUUUUAAUGUUAAAUUGUUUUAAUCAAUGAAAUCUAAAGGAUAGAUUAUAAAAUCAAAAUCAAAAGAGCCUAUAAGGGGAUAAUUAAGAACUUUAAAGAAAUUGGAAGAUAACAUUGAUGAACCAUAAAUGUAAUAAAGAGCUUUAACAACAUAAAAGAAAUUAGCACCAUUGAUAGAUGAGCCUUAAUAAAAGAAUGAGGAUCUAAAUUUACUGCGAUACAAUUUAAUUCAAUUAUUGGUUUUGAUGGGAAAAAAAGAAUAUUAUUUUGAUAAAAUAGUGAAAGAUGAUUUAAAAUUAAUAAGAGGUUCUACUCAAUCUAAGGAGAAUCCAGAAGAACAUCUUUAAAAAAUUAAGAAAUUUUUAAGUAAUAAAGUUCGUUACAAGUAUAGAAGCACAUUUAAAAUGCUAUGUAUAAAAUUAUAAAUAUUUGAAAGUGUAAAUUUAACUUGAAUUAUUAAAAUACACUCCAAAAAAGAAAUCUGUAGCUAUAAAAAAUAGUUAAAAAGAAUUUGAAUAUGAUGAAGAAGAUGAAACCCCUAAAAAGAAAAAAAUAAGUGCAAGAGGAAUAUAAGAUUAUCCAACAUGGAAAAGAAAAAAUAAUGUAGCACCAAAUCAAAAGGUAUUUAUAAUAACUAGUGGAUAUCAUGCACUUAGAGAUGCAUUGCUAGAAAGAAAUUGGGCAGAAAAUGAAGAUGCUUAUAGUCCAUUCUUUGAUUUAAAAUGGACUUGUAGUUUAAGAAGUGAUGAUUUUAUUAAUCUGAUGGAAUUUCAAUAAAUUAACCAUUUUGAUUGUAAUUAAUGUUUAUGUUCAAAAUAUGGAUUGGCCAGAAAUAUCAGAUGCAUCAAUAAUUGGGAAUCAUUCUUUCCUAGAUGUUACGAUCUUGGUGAUUUAGUUGAUUUUUCAGACUUUAUUGAAGAUUUCAAAAUAUCAAAAAUCCAUAGUAUAUUAUUAGAUUUUGAUCAAAGUGUUUCAAAUUAAACUUAAAAUAAAACGAUUACUGAACCUGAAGAUGAUGAAUAAUAUAAUAAUAAUAAUAAUAAUAAUAAUAAUAAUAAUAAUAAUAAUAAUAAUAAUAAUAAUAAUAAUAAUAAUAAUAAUAAUAAUAAUAAUAAUAAUAAUAAUUAAGUAGAUGACUAAAAUAAUAAUAUUACAUUAAAACAAGAAUUAUAUUAAAAUAAUAAUAUCAAACUAGAUGAAUAAAAUAAUACUAUUAGAAAUAAAGAAGAAAAAUAACAACCUUUCAUUAUUAAUUAAUUAUCUUAUAGAUAAAGAUUUAAAAUUAGACUUUGUUUAGUUGUUAUGAAUCGAGUUAAUAAAUCUUUAAGUAACAUGGUCAAAAGCAUUCUUAAAGAUGAAUUUCCAUUUAUUCAUCCUGGAGAAUGGAUUGUUCUUUCAAAAGACCCUGAAAAACCUAAAGAAAUAUUAAUAUAGGAUUAUUUAGAAUAAUAAUUAAAACUAAAUGGAUAUGAAGAUUAUGAAGGUGUUUAAUUUGUAUAAAAGUAUGUUCCUUAAAUUAAAGAAUUACUUAAAUAAUUAAGUAAAAAUCCUUAAAAUUCUCUAUAAGGAACAAGAAAUAUUUGGAUUGUUAAACCUGAAUACUCCUCAAGAGGUAGAGGUAUCAGAUGUCUAGAUGAUUUAUAUCAAAUUUUGGAUAAUGUAAAUAAGGAAACUAUGAAUUAUGUUGCUAUGAAGUAUAUAGAAAACCCUUUGAUUAUUAAAAAUCGUAAAUUUGAUAUAAGAUAAUGGAUAUUAGUAACUGAAUUAGUACCAUUAAAAAUAUAUUUCUAUAAUGAGUGUUAUGUGAGGUUUUCAGCUGAAGAAUUUGAUAUUGAUUAGUUUCAUAAUAGAUUUGCCCAUCUUACCAACAAUGCUAUUGCAAAAUAUUCAUAAAAAUUUCAUAAGUCAGAAAUUAAAGGUAAUAUGUGGACUUAAGAUGAUUUUUAAUAGUAUUUAAUAGAAGAGUUUGGUUGGGAUGUCUUUGCAGAAAAAAUACAACCAAAAUUUAAGGAAAUUGUUAUUAAUAGUUUAAGAUGUUGUAGUGAUCAAUUAAAAAAUAGGAAACGUUCAUUUGAAGUUUAUGGAUACGAUUUUAUGAUUGAUGAUUAAUUUAAUUCUUGGUUAAUAGAAGUUAAUAUGUCACCUUCUAGUGAUACAACAACUCCUGUCACUGCAUAAAUUAUACCUAAAAUGUUAGAAGAUAUUGUUAAAGUAGUUGUAGAUAAUUAAAAUAAAACUAAAAAGAAAAUAGGUGGAUUCUAAUUGAUAUAUAAUAGUGAUACUAAAUUAUUAUGA